GAGAACAAAUACGGAAGGGCUGUGUUAUUGUUUUAGAGGCAGCUGUAGAUGUAGUUUUAAUCUGCUAUUUAGAAAAUCUAAAGUCGACAAACAACCCCUGUUGGACCUGAGGGAGGUCUCUCGUCCUGCUCGUCAUCAUGGUGGAGCCCACAGCAUCUGGCGUGUUCUGUAACAGGAUGCUGAGCAUGGUCAACUCUGAGGACGUGAACGCCAUCAUCCAGGCUCAGAGACACAUGCUCGACCGCUUUGAGAAAACCAACGAAAUGCUGAUCAACUUUAAUGGACUGUCUAAUGUGCGACUGCAGCAGAUGAACGAACGCUUCCUACUCCACACUCGCACCCUUGUGGAGAUGAAGAAGGAUCUGGACAGUGUCUUCAGAAGGAUCCGGACACUAAAAGGGAAGAUCGCUAAGCAGUACCCAGAAGCUUUCAGCAAUAUCCACGAGUCACCAAUCCUGGAGGAUGACGAUGAUGAGUUUGACCCUGUUCCCCCAAGUGUUGCCACAACAACUACAACAGCCACGUCUGAGCAGAGCACAGAGUCGUGUGACACGAGUCCAGAUGUGGUCUCACCCACCGUGAGCAGAUGCUCUGAAGAUCUCUCUCAAGAGCCGCCCGACACGCCAACCUCUGACGUCCUAGAGACAGCCGUCCUUCGGGACGAGGGUCCCGACUCUGUGCCUGCAGAAUAGAGUGGACAGUUUGUGAACUGAUUUCUGUCACUUGAAAUUGAGCUUCUAGCCUAAAGCGAGGUCAUGUUGUGUAUUUGAGUGUGUGUUGGCCUCUGUAAUGUUUGCAGACUGUUUUCGGUCACUAAUGUGUUUGUUUGAGAUCACAACGUUGGUGUCGCUGGAUUUUGUUGGAAUGCUUAUGUGUCCUCUGCCUGCACAGCACUAAAUCAACACAGAAAAUACUUGAAGUUGUAUAGUAUUUCACUAUAGAUACAUGUAUUGUGCUGACGAAACCUGAGCAAAAGCCCUCUCUAGCUAUGUAUUUUAAACGUAUUUAUUUUUGUUUGAAAAGAUGCUCACCUGAAGAUUGAGGAAAGAAGUUUCUCACAAUGUCGAAGAAUAAAAGGCACGAAAGUAGGCGUUGUCAACAUGAAUACUAGUAGUUAGGGUGUGCAGAUAUUUUAUACUGCUACAUACUGUACAGUGUUGUUAAUCUGUUGGUUCCUGUUAGUCACCAGAUGUCGAGGCUGUUCCAUACAAAGAUCCAAACAUCAUCCAAACAUCAUCUGCUACCACAGUAUGACUUCCUACAUGAUCGUGGACACAUUUUAAGAAUCACAACUGUAAAUGUUACAUCAAAACAGGUUUUAUUUGAAUGUAAUAUCUGGAUCAAAUAAGUCCUCAGAAAUCCACUGACCAGAUUGCCAUGUGUUGAUAUUGUUCAUGUUUAAAUGAUUUUGGCUAUAUGGAGAAAGAUGUGUUUGCUUGAAGUUCCAGCUAAUUGAGAAAAUGUAGUUGUGUUUUGAAAAGUGUUUCUGGCUCAAGCAUAUGAACAACAUCUUUGACGAAUGGUGUCCUUUCAAUAAAACAACAGCCCUGUUAUUUGAUAGACCAAA